AUGUCUAAGAAUACUAAAGUUCAGGACAUCUUGUCCGCGGGCUCUGAAAGCGACAAUGAAGAGCCCCAGGUGAGAAAGACUUCCAAAUUAGCCGAUGACUCUGACGACGAUUUCCAAUCCGAUGACGAGGAGGAGCAGGUCUUCCAAACGAAAAAGAAGGUCAUUUCGUCCAGAUUCGAUGAUGACGCCGAAAGUGCCGAUGAGUCCGAGAAGGAAGAUGCUGAUGAUAAAAAUGAGGAGUCUGAAGAUGACGAGGACGUAUUUUUUGGCAAACUUGACGAAACUUCUGCCAUGGUGAGCGAGGAGAAGUCGAGAUCCAAGAAACUCAAGAGAUUGACACCAGAACAGCUUGCUAAAGAGCAAAAGAAGAUUAAGAAAACCGGUGUAUGUUACUUGUCGAGCAUUCCACCAUAUAUGAAGCCUGUUAAGUUGCGUUCUGUGCUCUCGCGGUUCGGAAAGCUCGAUAGAGUGUUCUUGAAGCCUGAGGAUCCAUCUGCUUACCUGAAACGAGUAAAGUACGGCGGAAACAAGAAGAAGAAGUACACUGAAGGCUGGGUGGAGUUUGUCAACAAGAAGGAUGCGAAGCUUUGUGCGCAAACCAUGAACGGAAACAUUUUGGGAGGAAAGAAGUCGUCGUACUAUCAUGAUGAUGUGAUCAAUAUCAAAUACUUGUCUGGAUUCAAAUGGUUCGACUUGACCCAGCAAAUUGCAAAGGAGAAUGAGAUUCGCCAGUCCAAAUUGGCUUUGGAGGUUUCGCAACAGGCUAAACUCAACAAGACGUUUGUUAACAAUGUGGAAAAGUCUAAGUACAUCACUAAGAAGAGGAAAGCCAACGAAGCUGAAGGAAAAGAAGACAAGAAGGCGGCUAAAAGAACCUUUGACCAGCGUGAUGUCACUAGUACGCGUGCAGAUGCCGACGUGGCUUUUAAGAAGGCCAAGAACAGUGAUGAUCUUCAAAACAUUCUCUCCAAGGUGUUCUAG